AUGCACCCCACUCUUCGCAAGUCCUUCGAUGAUGAGACUGAACAUGCAGACGUACCGUCGCCCACAGGGAAGCGGGAAGACACUGCUUCGAAACAUAGUGUUCGCAUAGUGACAUCUAGGCUUGAUAUCAAGUCCGGAAAUCGGAAAGGCUAUGGCGAGCCAACAACGCCACAGGAACAGGGGUCAGGAGAUCAGUUGGAGCAGGCAGUCUUACUACGGAAAGUCCUCGAUGAUCGCGAUCUCCAUGGAGAGAUUGAGAUUUAUGAUUCUGCCUUGAAAGACCUACUUCACGACCUGUUGCGCCACUAUCCACGUCACUGGGCGGUUGACGGGACCGAAGACUUCAAAUCUCCAUACGAGCCUCUGAUCUUGAAUUGGGAUCUUCUAUGGGCAGAGUCAGGAAAAGAAUGCAAAGACGAAAUGCCGACACGGGCAAAGGCAAGACAGUGCCUACGGCAACUGCUAAGCGCGAUCCUACAAGGCUCUGGCGACGCGAAAUUGGACUCUUAUCUCGAAGCUCACCAGUCGUUAAGAAAGCAGAAACAUAUCACGUUCCAAGCACUUUGGACGAUCUUCCCACCGGGAGCGCUUGUAUGGACUCAGCUCUUUGCCGGCACGGAUCAGAUACUUGUUGUCUCCGGACCGAAAAGCAGACCUUGGCCAAGGGAAGGAGGAAGUCUUAGAUCUAGCCAACGUGUUACCUGGGCCCUGAAUUGCAUGGCAUACGACUUUGAUGGCAACGCGUUUCGACGUAAGGAAGUGACGAUUCAUUUCGAUGUCUUCGAAAGCAUCAAGCCAAUGGCAUCUCUCGCGGCCUGUCCAUUGGCCUUAUUGGAAAUUUCUCGGCGAGACGACAUCAAGGCACGGCUUUUGAAGAGGGGUAAACUCUUCCGAAGGUACUGCGCAGUGGACGGCAACGAUAAUAUGUAUACUUACACCGGCUCUGCACUUGUGAAAAAGCAGGUCAGCAGUGGUACGCGUUCAGAUGAUGACUACACCGUUAGUACACUCAGCCUGACACGAGAGCAGAGUGAUAGCGACAGUGGCUCGGCAUUCCGACGCUCCCCAUUCUCGAGCUCUUCCGGGCGGCGCCAAGAGCCACUGUUUUUUAAGAAACGCCGAUGUCAUGGUCGAUUGCCAAUCAUAUUUCCAAUAUUCGAAGACGCCAUUGAAGAUCGGAAUAGCAGACAUCUCGGAAUUGCGAAUGAGACCCUGAAGCAGCGUCUGAGAAUACAUUACGAUCAGGUCGAAAAGGGAACCGACUUCUCGGAAUGGGACGAAGUCCAGCUCAUGAUGUGUCCCCCACGAGUACUUGGCUAUGCGCUGAGGGAGCACAGCUUGACCUUCAAGCAAGUCAUGGACAAGCUGCAUUUCGACGGCGCAGACAGUGGACUGAAGACGAAGGAGUUGCUAUCCCAGCUGGUCAAGAAUCAUAGAGCAGCAAAAGAUGUCGAGCGAGGAUCUCAGAAUUAUGAAGUCGAUAACAUCGUUGCAGAGAAGGGCAAAGGACUUGUGUUCCUGCUGUACGGCUCGCCAGCUGAAUAUUCUGUCCGCACAAAUGAUCGCACGCGUCGCGAGGAAGCCGUUGAUCUCCAUUUCCCAAUCCUUCUCAUGUACGUCAUAUCGCUUGGGCAAGAAUUGCUGACAAAAAGCCUUUCUAGCGACGAGGCCGAUGUCUUCUUGCAAAGCAGACUCGAAAUCAAGAAGCACACACCUACCCCCACCAAACCUGACACGACAUAUACAGUAUUCCUCCGUUUCCUCGAGUACUACCGCGGAAUCCUCUUCCUAACCACAAACCAAAUCGCCCAAUUCGACUGCACGUGGCCAUCAAAUCCGACGAUCUCAAAAUGGGUCCAAACGAUCAGAAUCUUUAUGGAUUUCAUCGACCAAUACCAUAACAGAGGCGUCGUAGGGAACUACGGUGCCAUCAAGGAGUAUGCGGAAGAAGAGCUGCAUACGAAGAAAUUCGAUGGUCGCCAGAUUCGGAAUAUUGUCAGCAUUGCUAUGGAGGGUGGUGUGGUAUAUGAUUCAGUAGGGGAUUGA